ACCAGCGACCGAAUGGCUGACUUUGAGAGCGGGUCCAUUAAGAAUGAAGAGGAGACCAAGGAGGUGCCGGUGCCGCUGGAGGACACGACUGUGUCCGACAGCCUGGAGCAGAUGAAGGCCGUGUACAACAACUUCCUGUCCAACUCCUACUGGUCCAACCUCAACCUCAACCUGCACCAGCCCUCGUCGGAGAACAACGGCAGCAGUAGCAGCAGCAGCAGUAGCAGCAGCAGCUGCGGCAGCGGCAGCUUCGACUGGCACCAGAGCGCCAUGGCCAAGACCCUGCAGCAGGUGUCACAGAGCCGCAUGCUGCCGGAGCCCAGCCUCUUCAGCACAGUACAGCUGUACCGGCAGAGCAGCAAACUCUACGGCUCCAUCUUCACCGGCGCCAGCAAGUUCCGCUGCAAAGACUGCAGCGCCGCCUACGACACGCUGGUGGAGCUGACGGUGCACAUGAACGAGACCGGCCACUACCGAGAUGACAACCACGAGACCGACAAUAACAACCCCAGGCGCUGGUCCAAGCCCCGCAAGCGUUCCUUGCUGGAGAUGGAAGGCAAGGAAGACGCCCAGAAGGUGUUGAAGUGCAUGUACUGUGGCCAUUCCUUUGAGUCCCUGCAAGACCUGAGCGUCCACAUGAUCAAAACGAAACACUACCAAAAAGUGCCUCUGAAGGAGCCUGUCACUCCCGUCGCAGCCAAAAUCAUCCCCACCCGGAAGAAGGCUCCGCUGGAGCUCGAGCUGCCCAGCUCCCCGGACUCCACGGGCGGCACUCCCAAAGCCCCCGCGGCGGACGCCAACGACGCGCUUCAGAAGAACUCCAACCCUUACAUCACGCCAAAUAACCGCUAUGGCCACCAGAACGGGGCCAGCUACGCGUGGCACUUCGAGGCGCGCAAGUCGCAGAUCCUCAAGUGCAUGGAGUGUGGCAGCUCCCACGACACGCUGCAGGAGCUCACGGCGCACAUGAUGGUCACCGGCCACUUCAUCAAGGUCACCAACUCGGCCAUGAAGAAGGGAAAGCCCAUCAUGGAGACGCCUGUCACGCCCUCCGUCGCCACCCUGCUGGAUGAGAAGGUGCAGUCCGUGCCCCUGGCGGCCACCACCUUCACGUCCCCCUCCAACACCCCCGCCAGCAUCUCGCCCAAGCUGAACGUGGUGGAGGUCAAGAAGGAAGUGGACAAGGACAAGGCGGGCACCCCAGAGGAAAAGCCCAAGGAGAAGGAAAAGGCGAGUGAGGAGGAGGAGAAAUACGACAUCUCCUCCAAGUACCAUUACUUGACCGAGAACGACCUGGAAGAGAGCCCCAAAGGGGGCCUCGAUAUCCUCAAGUCCCUGGAGAACACCGUGACAUCCGCCAUCAACAAAGCCCAGAAUGGCACCCCGAGCUGGGGGGGCUACCCCAGCAUCCACGCUGCCUAUCAGCUCCCCAACAUGAUGAAACUGUCUCUGGGCUCGGCGGCGGGCAAGGGCACGCCCCUGAAACCCAUGUUUGGCAACAGCGAACUCGUGUCCCCCACCAAGAGCCAGAACCUGGUCUCUCCGCCCAGCAGCCAGACCUCCCCCAUGCCCAAGACCAACUUCCACGCUAUGGAGGAGCUGGUGAAAAAAGUCACCGAGAAGGUGGCCAAGGUCGAGGAGAAGAUGAAGGAGCCGGAGGGCAAGCUGUCCCCGCCCAAGCGGGCCACGCCUUCUCCGUGCAGCAGCGAGCUCAGCGAGCCUGUCAAGCUGGAGGCAGCCAGCGACGGGGGCUUCAAGAGCCAGGACAGCAGCAGCCCCAGCCCCCCACGGGAGGGCACCAAGGAGGGCAGUCCCAGGGCCGAGCCCGUGGAGAACGGCAAGGCCCUGGGGCAGCCCCUCGCCGGAGGUCUGAGUGGCAGUACCGCCAUCAUCACGGACCACCCGCCCGAGCAGCCCUUUGUGAACCCUCUGAGUGCCCUGCAGUCGGUCAUGAACAUCCACCUGGGCAAGGCGGCCAAGCCCUCGCUGCCCGCGCUAGACCCCAUGAGCAUGCUCUUCAAGAUGAGCAACAGCCUGGCCGAGAAGGCGGCCGUGGCCACCCCACCGCCCCUGCAGGCCAAGAAGGCGGAUCACCUGGACCGCUAUUUCUACCACGUGAGCAACGAUCAACCCAUAGACCUGACCAAAGGCAAGGGUGACAAGGGCUGCCCUUUGGGGUCGACGGCCGCCGCCGCUGUGGUGUCCUUCAUGUCCAACUCGCCGCUGCGUGAGAACGCCUUGUCGGACAUAUCCGACAUGCUCAAGAACUUGACCGAGAGCCACACGUCGAAGUCGUCCACGCCCUCCAGCAUCUCUGAGAAGUCCGACCUCGAUGGGGCCACUCUGGAGGAGGCCGAGGAGGCGACGCCAGCGCAGAAGAGGAAGGGCCGCCAGUCCAACUGGAACCCCCAGCACCUGCUCAUCCUCCAGGCCCAGUUUGCCGCCAGCUUGCGACAGACCUCAGAAGGCAAGUACAUCAUGUCCGACCUGAGCCCCCAGGAGCGGAUGCACAUCUCCCGGUUCACUGGUCUCUCUAUGACCACCAUCAGCCACUGGCUGGCCAAUGUGAAAUACCAGCUCCGAAGGACAGGUGGAACAAAGUUCCUCAAGAACCUGGACACAGGCCAUCCCGUGUUCUUUUGUAACGACUGUGCGUCCCAAAUCAGGACUCCCUCCACAUAUAUCAGCCACCUGGAGUCACACCUGGGCUUCCGGCUCCGGGACUUAUCCAAACUCUCCAGCGAACAGAUUAGCAAUCAGAUAGCACAAACCAAGUCGCCGUCAGAAAAACUGGUGACGUCCUCCCCAGAGGAGGACCUGGGGACCUCUUACCAGUGCAAGCUCUGCAACCGGACCUUUGCCAGUAAACAUGCGGUGAAACUUCACCUUAGCAAAACGCACGGGAAGUCGCCCGAAGACCACCUCCUGUAUGUGUCCGAGCUGGAGAAGCAGUAG